AUGAGCAGCGGCACGGUCGCCGUGACGCCGUCAGGCCUCAGCUGGCAUUUCCAAGCUGUCUCCACAGACAGACGGACAAAAGACCCGUCCUCGGCCGUCAGCGACUCAGGAAACAUCCCUGAGUUCUUUACGGAUGAUGUUGUGACUGAUGGGUGUCUUUUCGAUCUUGAAUGUUUCAGCAAAGGGGAGGUGGCGUCCAUCGAGACAGAGCUACUUCGGGACUACCGGUUUGGGCAGCAGCAGCUGAUAGAGAUUUGGGGACAGGCCUGCGCCCUCGCCAUCGCUAAGGCGUAUCCUCUCAGCUCUCUGGGAAAGAAGCAGCCAACAGUGCUCGUGAUCUGUGGUCCGGACCAAAAUGGCUCCAUUGGCCUGGUGUGCGCUCGACACCUGCGCAUAUUCGACUAUGAGCCCACUAUCUACCAUCCAAAACGCUCCCCGCACAGUCUCCACCAGGACUUCACGGUCCAGUGUGAGAAGAUGGACAUCCCCUUCCUCUCCUACCUCCCCACAGAGGUGCAGCUCAUAAACGAUGCCUACAACCUCGUCAUAGAUGCCAUGCUGGGCCCGGAGUCGGACUGUUCCAACAUCAAGGAGCCAUAUUCUGGCAUUCUGGUCACCUUAAAGCAAGUCAAGAUCCCCAUCGUCAGUGUGGAUGUGCCGUCAGGUUGGGAUGCUGAAGAACCGUGUGAGGAUGGGAUAAACCCAGAAGUUCUUAUCUCACUCACAGCACCAAAAAAGUGUGCCAUGAAUUUCUCUGGCAAGCAUUUCCUGGCUGGACGCUUCCUGCCCUAUGACAUGCAGAAAAAAUACGAGCUCAAUCUCCCCGACUACCCCGGAACAGACUGUCUCAUAGAAUUGUAA